UCCCAUGGCCACCUGGAUCCUGUCUAGGGAAGAAAACGAAGAAUGAUGUUAUUACAUGGCCUUCAAGAGCUACAUGACUGCUGAGGUGACAUAUCGGACCCCUUAGGAUUUGUGGCAUUCCUUGUGUAUUUGUUUCCCGUAUGUUCCACUUCGUUUCUCCUUUGUACUUGUGACACUAUUAGAGUUUUUUUACGCCUAUCUCUAUUAGGUGUGACUGGCAACUGCAGUGGGUUGAAUCCUACUAGUUCAGUGUUUCCCAACUCCAGGCAGGGGUAGAGUAGCCAUUUGUGUUGUAGCCCUGGAGAGGCACAGCUGAUUGAAAGAGUUGAAUGAGGUGCAACAACAACAACAACAACAACAACAACAACAACAACAACAAGAACAACAGCAAUCAAUGUGAAGAGUGGGACACAGAUUAGUAGUGGAUCCCCCAGUUGUCACAGUUGGGCCUUGUGUUCAACAUAGCUCAGUAUUUGAGUGUGUUUCCCGCACAUGUAAGUAGCUUUCAUUUCUUCUUCCUCCAUAGUUCCCUAGAACGAACGCCCUCCCCUUUGCAGCAGAGGCCAGGCAAAAGCGCGCGCUUUCUGUGCCACUGGCUUCAAUCAGGUCCACCAAACGCAGAUAAUAAGAGCACCAAGCAGGAAAAAUUACGUCAUUAAUUCACUUGAACUCAGCUAGCGAACACACAAUGUCUGGAAGAGGUAAAGGCGGCAAGGGACUCGGAAAAGGAGGCGCCAAGCGUCACCGUAAGGUUCUCCGCGAUAACAUCCAGGGAAUCACCAAGCCCGCCAUUCGCCGUCUGGCUCGCCGUGGCGGCGUGAAGCGUAUCUCCGGGCUGAUCUACGAGGAGACCCGCGGUGUCCUGAAGGUGUUCCUUGAGAACGUGAUCCGUGACGCCGUCACCUACACCGAGCACGCCAAGAGGAAGACCGUUACGGCCAUGGACGUGGUCUACGCUCUGAAACGCCAGGGACGCACCCUAAUUCACAUAAGGAAGCUAGCUAGCGCCAUGGCCAGAACCAAGCAAACCGCUCGCAAAUCCACCGGUGGCAAAGCACCCAGGAAGCAGCUCGCCACCAAGGCUGCGCGCAAGAGCGCCCCGGCCACCGGCGGCGUGAAGAAGCCUCACCGUUACAGGCCCGGCACCGUGGCUCUUAGAGAGAUCCGUCGUUACCAGAAGUCCACUGAGCUGCUGAUCCGCAAACUGCCUUUCCAGCGCCUGGUGCGAGAAAUUGCCCAGGACUUUAAGACCGACCUGCGCUUCCAGAGUUCCGCAGUGAUGGCCCUGCAGGAGGCAAGCGAGGCUUACCUGGUCGGCCUGUUCGAGGACACCAACCUGUCUAGCGAACACACAAUGUCUGGAAGAGGUAAAGGCGGCAAGGGACUCGGAAAAGGAGGCGCCAAGCGUCACCGUAAGGUUCUCCGCGAUAACAUCCAGGGAAUCACCAAGCCCGCCAUUCGCCGUCUGGCUCGCCGUGGCGGCGUGAAGCGUAUCUCCGGGCUGAUCUACGAGGAGACCCGCGGUGUCCUGAAGGUGUUCCUUGAGAACGUGAUCCGUGACGCCGUCACCUACACCGAGCACGCCAAGAGGAAGACCGUUACGGCCAUGGACGUGGUCUACGCUCUGAAACGCCAGGGACGCACCCUGUACGGUUUCGGCGGUUAAACGCACUCUUCUCGGAACGUCAACAUCCCGACUUGAACCCAAAGGCUCUUUUAAGAGCCAC